AUGGGCGAGGGUGGGCUGCCCCCGGCCUUCCAGCUGCUGCUGCGCGCCUGCGAUCAGGGAGACACAGAGACGGCGCGGCGGCUGCUGGAGCCGGGGGCUGCGGAGCCGGCGGAGCGCGGCGCGGAGCCGGAGGCGGGCGCCGAGCCGGCGGGGCCCGAGGCUGUCGGGCCCGGGGCGGCGGCGGCGGCGUCGGCCGGAGCGCCGGUGCCCGUGGACUGCUCGGACGAGGCGGGCAACACGGCGCUGCAGUUCGCCGCGGCCGGGGGCCACGAGCCUCUGGUGCGCUUCCUGCUGCGACGCGGCGCCUCGGUCAACAGCCGCAACCACUACGGCUGGAGCGCGCUCAUGCAGGCGGCCAGAUUUGGGCACGUGAGUGUGGCACACCUCCUUUUGGAUCACGGGGCUGAUGUCAAUGCCCAGAACCGACUGGGGGCCAGUGUGCUCACCGUGGCCUCUCGGGGCGGCCACCUGGGUGUGGUGAAGCUGCUGCUGGAAGCCGGUGCCUUUGUGGACCAUCACAAACCCUCAGGCGAGCAGGCGGGGGACGGCAGGGACGAGCUCCUGGACGUCACGGCCCUGAUGGCCGCCAUCCAGCACGGCCAUGAGGCUGUGGUGCGUCUGCUGAUGGAGUGGGGUGCAGACCCCAACCACGCGGCCCGCACCGUGGGCUGGAGCCCGCUCAUGCUGUCGGCACUCACCGGGAGGCCUGGCGUGGCCCAGCAGCUGGUGGAGAAGGGGGCCAACCCCGACCACCUCAGUGUGCUGGAGAAGACCGCCUUCGAGGUUGCACUUGACCGCAAGCACAGGGACCUUGCAGACUACCUGGACCCGCUGACCACCGUCAGGCCCAAGACAGAUGAGGAGAAAAGGCGACCUGAUAUUUUCCAUGCAUUGAAAAUGGGAAACUUCCAGCUGGUCAGAGAGAUUGCCGACGAAGACCCCAACCACGUGAACCUGGUUAAUGGGGACGGGGCGACCCCACUGAUGCUGGCAGCUGUCAUGGGGCAGCUGCCUCUGGUGCAGCUGCUGGUCGAGAGGCGUGCUGACAUCGACAAGCAGGACAGUGUGCACGGCUGGACGGCUCUCAUGCAGGCCACCUACCACGGGAACAAGGAGAUUGUCAAAUAUUUGCUAAACCAAGGGGCUGAUGUCGCUCUUCGUGCAAAAAACGGGUACACGGCCUUUGACCUAGUGAUGCUGCUGAGUGAUCCUGACACGGAACUUGUUCGACUGCUGGCAUCUGUCUGCAUGCAGGUGAAUAAAGAAAAAGGCCGGCCCAGCCACCCUCCACCCCUGCUCCACUCGAAGGUCCGACAGCCCUGGAGUGUCCCACUGUUGCCUGAUGACAAAGGUGGACUUAAGUCCUGGUGGAACCGAAUGUCCAAUCGGUUCCGGAAGCUCAAACUGAUGCAAACACUGCCCCGUGGGCUGUCCAGCAACCAGCCAUUGCCUUUCUGUGAUGAACCAGAGCCAGCACUGGACUCCACAAUGAGGGCGGCCCCUCCAGACAAGAUGAGCCUUUCUGGGCUCCCCGAUGUGGCCCCCACAAGCAAAGACAAUGGUCCUGGGAGCACAAGAGGAGAAAAGGAAGAUGUGUUAUUGACAACCAUGCUACGGAAUGGAGCCCCCUUCACCAGACUCCCGAGCGACAAGCUGAAGGCAGUCAUCCCCCCUUUCUUACCCCCUUCCAGCUUUGAGUUGUGGAGCUCGGAUCGGUCCCGGACAUGUCACAACGGGAAGGCAGACCCCAUGAAGACUGUGCUGCCCCAGAGAGCCAGCAGGGGCCACCCCGUGGGCGGCGGGAGCACAGACACUACUCCUGUCAGGCCAGUUAAAUUUCCAUCUCUCUCCAGAAGCCCAGUCUCUCCUGCCAAUUCUGGAAACUUGAACCACUCACCUCAUUCCUCUGGCGGCUCCAGUGGGGUAGGGGGCAUGAGCAGGCAUGGCGGGGAGCUGCAUAACCGCUCAGGUGGGAGCAUAGACAGUGUCCUGUCCCAGAUCGCUGCCCAGAGGAAAAAAGCAGCAGGAUUAUCUGAGCAGAAGCCCAGCCAUCGGUCAAGUCCCAUUGGGCCAGCUCCCGGCUCCAGUCCAUCUGAGCUCGCAGUCUCCCCUGCAGGCGUCAGUGUUCCUGUUCCUGGUGGCAAGCAAAAACUGGAGACAAGCAAAAGGCCUCUGUCUGGAACUUCCACUACCUCCAAAAGCACCUCCCCAACCCUCACGCCUUCGCCUUCUCCCAAAGGGCAUGCAGCCGAGUCCUCCGUGUCCUCCUCCUCCUCCCACCGGCAGUCCAAGAGCAGCGGGGGCUCCAGCAGCGGCACCAUCACUGAUGAGGAUGAACUGACUGGAAUCCUUAAGAAAUUAUCACUUGAGAAAUAUCAGCCCAUUUUUGAGGAGCAAGAGGUGGAUAUGGAAGCAUUCCUCACACUCACCGAUGGUGACUUGAAGGAGCUGGGUAUUAAGACAGAUGGAUCCAGGCAGCAGAUUUUGGCAGCGAUUUCUGAACUGAACGCAGGCAAGGGACGUGAGAGACAAAUUUUACAGGAAACCAUCCACAACUUCCACUCUUCCUUCGAGAGCAGCGCCAGCAACACCAGGGCCCCUGGAAACAAUCCCUGUGCUGUUUCUCCUUCAUCCUCUCAUCCUCCCACCCAUAGAAGCCAACUUCCCACAUGACUGAAGAGAAGAGGUUUUGUUUUAGCCAUCACUGACAGGUGCCUUUACAAAUGUUCCUUGCAUCCCAACCUUCUUUAAGGAGACACGGUCAUUGAGCUCCUACUGUGUGCGGCAGCUGGACCCCGGUGUCAUCUGUCCUCACCAGCAGCCUGGAGGCUGGCAUGGUUUAACCUCAUCCUGCAUGCUGGGGAAAUAGACUCGGAGGACUGGAGCUGCAUGCCAGUUCCCCAGCCCAGAAGGAGUGAAGCUGGCUGAGAACCACAUCUAGUGGGCUUCUGAGCCUGUGCUUUUGCCACCAACUCCUAUAGACUCCUGGGGCUAGAGGCACCAGGAACUCUCUCUGCUUUAAUGUGCUCAUCUCUUCAGAGACUAUCAGUAGGCCUAGGAUUAUUUGCCCCUGAAAUACAUAUGGGACCCUGAGUUAGGUGCUGUGAGGUUUUGUGCCUGCUCUUUGCAGUCCUCCUGGUCUUUUCAUCACCCCUAUAUCUGUGCAGCUUUCACUCCAGUAAGUUUGGUUGAACCCCUAUGAUUGAAUACUUACGGUAUGCAGGAGCUGUGCUGGGGGUCAGCAUUCCACAAAUGCACACCUCCACGAUCUCAUCUAAUGACCCCAGACAGAGCAGGGCUUAUUCUUACUUUGCAGAUGGGAAAACAGGCUCAGGACAGAUGCUCCUUUUGUCUUUUUCACUGGACUCAGUGGUUCUAAGACUUUUUCUCCCAGGCAGUUUGUGUGCUCAUUGGUGAGAAAUCUCUGGCACCCCUUCUGGACCAUGAUCACCCCCUUGCUGGUGACCCUCCAGCAGGCUGUUCUGGUCCACAGUGUUUCCCUUGCUCGAUGACCAUCAGCAUUUCCCAAAGUGUCUUCCUUGGAACCCUAGUUCCACAGGAUGUUAAUAGGUUUUUCAUAAAGAAAAAUAAAGGGGGAGGAAAUGUGUAUGUGACAGAGGGAUGAGGCUCUGUGAUCAGUAGGCUUGGCAGACACUGAGUUAAAGCCCAGUUACAAGAUGUUUGCUGCAGGACAUCUCAGCAUACACCUUGCCGUACAUUGGGGGAGGGGGGACCUCUUCAAGGGGGCCAUGUAGCUGGUAGCAUUUCCCACACAUGUGAUCACAGAAUGCUCAUUCAUGGCACUCUUGAGCAAAACUGGGGUUCCUUGGACACCGUCAGGGAAACCCUGCUUUGACUGGGCAGUGGCAGUCAUGAGGCCUCACAGCACCUGGGAGUGGGCCCAAGGGCCUCUCAAAGCCUUCAGUUGGGUUAGGGGUCUUUGGUAACGGCCUCUUUUCUUUCCAGUAGCUCUCUGCUUGGCAGUGGGACAUCACAGUAAGGGAGUCCCCUGACUGAGAGGGCCAGGAUCCUGCUCAGGGGUGUGCAUCCGGGGCGUCUCCUGCAGGGCCAGGGGCAUCGUUUCCCAGUGUUGGUGCUGUGUCCUGCCUGCGAGUGCUGGGUGUCUGAGCCCUGCCCCUCAGCGACCAGGAGAAGGCUCCCACCUCCUUGCUUCAGUGUCAGACCAUUACAUGGAGACUGCAAGUUUUGCCAGGAAAACAUUUACUAUUUCACUCCCCGAACAUUUACUAAGCGUUUACCCUGUACCCACCCUGUGCUUGUGCUUUGGACCCAGAGAUGAAAAACACUCAUCUCUGUCCUCAAAGAAUCCACAAUAUCUUAGAGGAGGCAGCACAUAAGUAGGUGUUGUAUGCCCGUAAAGAGUCUUGUAAUAAAGGUGUGUACUGGGCCCAUGACUCUGAGGAAGUCACUGGUGAUGGCUCAGGUUUGGUCCGGAUGGGCCCCAUUGGAAAGACUGGGUCUGAAAAGGUAAGUCAGUACAGGUGGGGAAGAAAAAGCGCUCCCCAGAUGAGGGGACAGUGUGUGUAGAGGCAGGUUGCAUAUAACAUUUCUAGAUUAAAUAGUGUUGGGGGGUAAGUUAGGUACCUGUUAUUCCGAUUUUUGGUUUCCUUUGAAAUGCCUAGCAGCAAUCUGUUACCUGGGAAGAGCACUGACUCUAUAGUCAGUCCUAGCACUGGGUUUUGGCUCAGCCACUUCUUAAUGGGUAACGUGUUUCUUCCGUUCCUUGAGCCUCAGUUUCCCUUUUGGUUACAAGAGGAUAAUGCUCCCCGAGCGCUGAGAUCAGAUGAAGGGGAAAGCCCUUCUCACACCACGUGGAGCUCUGCAGAUGUGAGAAAUCUCCACGACAGCUACCUGUUUGAAAUCUCUCUGUCUAUGUUUCUCCCUCCCCCUACCUCCCGCCUGCCCUGACGCAGCCAGGGCUGGAUGGGCGAGGCCAGAAGCAGCAGCCUCCAGCCAGAGGUAGCAGCAGCUUAGGUGGCUCUGCUGGCAUCAGAGCCCCGAGGAAGUGAGGGUUGGUGGUGAAUCCCCACCCUCCGGCUGUGGCUGAUUCUGGUGUUUGUGUCAUUGGGAUUCCCAGCAAGGUGGAGAGAAAGAAGCAGGAAGGCCUUCCAGUCUGAUCGCAGGGGCUGAUCCAGAGGGCAAGGAGGAAGCAGGAAAACCCUCCAGUUUGCUCUUGCCUCAGAGCUGCCUAAGGACAGUGCCAUGCUGUCCAGACAUGCUGGGCUAGACAGCUGUGGUCAUCUAUGCUGACCUCUUGAAGGCUUGGGACCCUUCCUGGGAAGAUUCUGCAGCGCAGAGUGAAGGUGUUGUGAAGCACCAUCUGUGCUUUGCUCAGGCACGAUAAUCAUGUCUCAUUAACCAACAGAUCCUCUUCAACAUGUAAGGAGACCUGAUGCUUUCCCUGACAAAGUUGAUACCCUGCAGGACCAGCCAGGGACUGAAUCUCCUCGCUGAGGGAGGUGGGUGGUGACUUCCCUCUUCAGCUUCCUUCUUAAGGUGGGGACCACCCAGGGGCUCUCCUCAGGGCCCUCCCUGUCCAGUGGGUUGAGCCAGCUCCCAUCAGUCUUAGUUCCUGUUGGAGCUGCCUCCUUAGGGCUCAUAGAUACAGGGAAUGGCCAUCCUUUUCUGGGAGACUUUGUACCCUCUGUCCAGGUGGCUGGGGUAGGGUUUGGCUUCACUGGAUCCUUUGAUAAGCGACCAAGGUGCUGUUUUGUUUCAGCUCUACUCUGUGUUUCCAUGUUCCUUACCAUCAAACACUUCUUUCUGUUACUAUUUUAUUGUUUUUCU